AUGGUUCUCCCCAGAUUGUACGCUGCGAGACGUGCUGGUGUGUCAGCCGUCAGAGCUCUCGCAACCCAGGCUUCUGCCGCGGGUAAGGUGCGCGCCGUUAUCGGUGCCAUUGUUGACGUUCAGUUCGAACAGGGCAACUUGCCUGAAAUUCUCAAUGCUUUGGAAAUUGAGACCAAACAGGGCAAGCUUGUGUUGGAAGUUUCCCAACAUUUGGGUGAAAACACUGUGAGAACGAUCGCUAUGGACGGUACCGAAGGUCUCGUGCGUGGUGAAAAAGUGCUCGACACCGGUGCACCAAUUUCCGUGCCAGUUGGUAGAGAAACACUAGGUCGUAUCAUUAACGUUGUUGGUGAGCCUAUCGAUGAGCGUGGUCCUAUCGUGACCAAGCACAAGAAGCCUAUCCACGCCGAGCCUCCUCUUUUCGUCGAGCAAUCGACUGCUGCCGAAGUUUUGGAAACCGGUAUCAAGGUUGUGGACUUGUUGGCUCCAUACGCCCGUGGUGGUAAGAUUGGUUUGUUCGGUGGUGCCGGUGUCGGUAAGACUGUGUUUAUCCAAGAACUGAUUAACAAUAUUGCCAAGGCCCACGGUGGUUUCUCCGUGUUCACUGGUGUCGGUGAAAGAACCAGAGAAGGUAACGAUUUGUACCGUGAAAUGCGUGAAACCGGUGUCAUCAACCUCGAAGGUGAGUCCAAGGUGGCCCUAGUGUUCGGUCAAAUGAACGAACCUCCUGGAGCUCGUGCCCGUGUCGCUUUGACCGGUUUGACCAUUGCCGAAUAUUUCAGAGACGAAGAAGGCCAAGAUGUGUUGCUCUUCAUCGACAACAUUUUCAGAUUCACCCAGGCCGGUUCCGAAGUGUCUGCUUUGCUAGGUCGUAUUCCAUCUGCUGUCGGUUACCAACCUACUUUGGCCACCGAUAUGGGUCUCUUGCAAGAAAGAAUUACCACCACCAAGAAGGGUUCCGUCACUUCGGUCCAAGCCGUUUACGUGCCAGCCGAUGAUUUGACUGAUCCUGCUCCAGCCACCACUUUCGCCCAUUUGGACGCUACCACUGUGUUGUCCAGAGGUAUCUCUGAAUUGGGUAUCUACCCAGCCGUCGAUCCAUUGGACUCCAAGUCCAGACUUUUGGACGCUGCCGUUGUUGGUCAAGAACAUUACGACGUUGCUUCCAACGUUCAAAUGACUUUGCAAGCCUACAAAUCUUUGCAAGAUAUCAUUGCCAUUUUGGGUAUGGAUGAAUUGUCCGAACAAGACAAGUUGACCGUCGAAAGAGCCCGUAAGAUUCAAAGAUUCUUGUCGCAGCCUUUCGCCGUCGCCGAAGUCUUUACCGGUAUCCCAGGUAGAUUGGUCAGAUUGAAGGACACUGUUGCCUCUUUCAAGGCCGUUUUGGACGGUAAGUACGACCACUUGCCAGAAAACGCUUUCUACAUGGUUGGUGGUAUCGAAGACGUUGUCGCCAAGGCCGAAAAGUUGGCUUCCGAGGCUAAUUAA